AUGAAUAUGAACAAUAAUUAUAUAGAUUUAUCUAAUUGUAUUCAGCAAGACGUUCCGACCUCACAAGAUAUCAAUACUUCAUGCUGCCUAACUCCACGUAAAAUAAGCAAUAUCGAAGAUUGGAUAUUAAAGGUCUCAACAGAAUGCAACAAUGAAAUGUUUAUGCCAUCACAUUCUCGGAAAGAAGAAAACGAUAUUAGAUUAUUGUCAGAUAGUUCGACCAAAAUGCUUACAUAUAAUAAAUCAAUAAAAAAUCCGGUUCGAAAGAAAACAAAACUUUUACCAAAAAAUUAUAAAAAAGGUGUGCAGAAGGAUCGAAAGUUUAAAGGUACUGAAUCAUCAGUGUCAACGGUUAUAUCUAGCGGCAUUGCACACAUUUUUACAAGUGGAAUAUCUGGGAAUAAUUUAAAUUUAAGUACUAGUACUUCAACUUUUGUUCAAGAAAAAAAUGAGGAAAACAGGCUUAGCAAUAAUAAUGGAGCUAUUCCACGACAAAUUUCUUGUAAUUCAGAUUGUUCCAUAAGACAUCUUAACUCACGUCCUAAUGCCCAUCAAAAGCUAUCGGCUCCACAUUAUGUGCAGUUUCGCUCAAACAAACAGGUUCUAUAUCUUAAUUCAAAUCAAUCAGCUUUGCAUUAUUUUAAUUCAUAUACCUUUCAGCAGUACUUUAGUUCAUAUGAUUCACAGCAAAAUCUCACGCAACCCGUCUUACAACAAUUUUCUGCCCAGCAAAAGUUCAGUCAGAAAAAUUUUGAUCAAUUUACACCUAGUGAAUACAACCCAUAUAAGGCUAUUUAUUAUGAUCAUAUCAAGCCUCCGCCAGGAGCUAUACAGACCAACCGUGUACAAACUUAUCUUUUACCAAAAGGUAUUAACCACACUAUCUUCCUAGGAGGCGUAGUGAAUAUUACUCCAAAAUGA